UCCCUGGUGGAAAGGGAGCCUGCGGAGUGCUACUCGGGUCUCACAAAACAGAGCAAAAAACACUGCCCCGACUCGGGGGAUCAUCUUCUAACUUUUCCCUGUGGAGAAAAGGCUCUAGGAAAUGCCGGUCUCCAGAGACUGGGCCGGCUUUUCCUGGAAUGGAAGAGGGUCCAAGGCGCGGAAAGGACAGGGGCGUAGGUAAGAGCAACGAUAGGUGUUCCGGGAACUGCCAUCAUCCUAUGUUAGCCUUCUUUCCAACACAGGUACAGCAGAGCUGCUCUGCCUUCUCAAAGCAGCCUCCUGCAAGUAUGACAGGACAGGAAACGUACUUUGGGGCUGUAUUUAACUGCUGCAGUCCUGAAAGUGCAUUAAUGAACCAUCUAAGAGCAAACUGUGUUGAAAGGAGGCUGAAGGCCUGGUGAGACCCUGGCACCACCUGGCAGAUGAGCUCUGGACACCGCCGCAGGAGCCAGGCAUUAACUCCGGCUGCGGAGGUCUCUCUUGGCCCCACAAGUUACUGCUGCAUCUGCUAUUGCCAAUAUUGUGAAGAGUUCUCUUGGUCCAGUUGGUCUGGAUAAGAUGUUGGUGGAUGAUAUUGGGGACGUGACCAUUACUAAUGAUGGUGCAACCAUUCUGAAACUGCUAGAAGUGGAACAUCCUGCUGCAAAAGUCCUUUGUGAGCUGGCAGACCUGCAGGACAAAGAAGUUGGUGAUGGGACCACCUCAGUGGUAAUUAUUGCUGCAGAACUUCUCAAAAACGCAGAUGAGCUGGUGAAACAGAAAAUUCAUCCUACCUCUAUUAUUGGUGGAUACAGACUUGCCUGCAAGGAAGCUGUUCGCUACAUCAAUGAAAAUCUUGUUAUUAACACAGAUGAGUUGGGCAGGGAAUGCCUAAUUAAUGCUGCUAAAACAUCAAUGUCCUCAAAAAUUAUAGGAGUUGAUGGUGAUUUUUUUGCUAACAUGGUGGUGGAUGCUGCACUGGCAGUUAAAUACACAGACCAGAAGGGUCAGGCUCGAUACCCCAUCAACUCGGUUAAUGUUCUGAAGGCCCAUGGCCGCAGCCAGAAAGAGAGCAUUCUUGUGAACGGUUACGCUCUGAACUGCGUGGUGGGCUCACAGGGUAUGACCAAGAGAAUAGUUAAUGCAAAGAUUGCAUGCCUUGACUUCAGCCUGCAGAAAGCAAAAAUGAAGCUUGGUGUUCAGGUUGUUAUCUCAGACCCUGAGAAGCUGGACCAGAUAAGGCAGAGAGAAUCAGAUAUUACCAAAGAGAGAAUCCAGAAGAUUCUGGCCACUGGUGCCAAUGUCAUUCUCACCACUGGAGGUAUUGAUGAUAUGUGUCUGAAAUACUUUGUUGAUGCUGGAGCUAUGGCAGUACGAAGAGUUGUAAAAAAGGACCUUAAGCGGAUUGCUAAGGCAUCAGGAGCAACCAUAUGCUCAACCCUUGCAAACCUUGAAGGUGAGGAGAGUUUUGAGGCAUUGAUGCUGGGACAGGCAGAAGAGGUGAUUCAAGAGAGAAUCUGUGAUGAUGAGCUGAUUUUAAUCAAGAAUACAAAGGCUCGUACUUCUGCAUCAAUUGUUUUACGAGGAGCCAAUGACUUCAUGUGUGAUGAAAUGGAACGAUCUAUACAUGAUGCUCUCUGUGUUGUGAAAAGGGUUUUGGAAUCCAAGUCUGUUGUCCCAGGUGGUGGUGCCGUAGAGGCAGCACUUUCAAUAUAUCUUGAAAAUUAUGCAACCAGCAUGGGAUCACGUGAACAACUUGCAAUAGCAGAAUUUGCAAGAUCCCUCUUAGUAAUUCCAAACACAUUGGCAGUAAAUGCUGCUCAGGAUGCCACAGAUCUUGUUGCAAAGUUGAGAGCAUUCCACAAUGAGGCUCAAGUUAACCCAGAUCGAAAAAAUCUAAAAUGGAUUGGUCUUGACUUGAUCAAUGGAAAACCUCGUGAUAACAAGCAAGCUGGUGUCUUUGAACCAACCAUGGUCAAAACUAAGAGCCUCAAGUUUGCAACAGAAGCUGCAAUUACUAUUCUUCGAAUUGAUGACCUUAUUAAACUGCAUCCUGAAACUAAGGAAGAGAGAGGAGGAUGCUAUGAGGAUGCAGUUCAGUCUGGAGCACUCGAAGAAUAACUUAGGCUUUAUUUAUGUUUGUUUCACUUACACUUCCCACUCUUAUAACUAAAAUGUUAAUAAAACAAGUGGUUGAAUGUUGCUGCUA